AUAACCUCUUACUUUGAAGCUUGCAUAGCCCGUGAAGCCAGGAGAGACACCAUGAGAAAAUCAUAAGCUUUCACGAAACACUGCUAGAUAGCGGGCUAGCGCUGUCUAUCUGUAUUAAAUCCAAAAUGGUGCUCGAAAGUACGAUGAUAUGUGUGGACAACAGUGACUACAUGAGAAAUGGCGAUUUUCUACCAACUCGCCUUCAAGCCCAACAAGAUGCGGUGAAUCUCGUCUGUCACUCAAAAACUCGUUCUAAUCCCGAAAAUAAUGUGGGUCUCAUCACUUUAGCAAACGUUGAAGUGCUGGCUACAUUGACCAGUGACGUUGGCAGAAUUCUGUCAAAAUUACACCAGGUACAACCGAGUGGCAAUCUCAGUCUCAUCACUGGAAUUAGAAUUGCUCACCUGGCACUGAAGCAUCGUCAAGGCAAGAAUCACAAAAUGAGAAUUGUUGCAUUUGUUGGAAGUCCCAUCGAACUUGAUGAAAAGGAACUAGUGAAAUUAGCAAAACGUUUGAAGAAGGAGAAAGUUAACGUUGAUAUCAUCAGCUUUGGAGAGGAAGCAGUGAACAACGAUGUCUUGACGGCUUUUAUAAAUGCUUUGAAUGGCAAGGAUGGCACUGGAAGCCACUUGGUGACCGUUCCACCUGGUCCUCAUCUUUCUGAUGCCCUUAUCUCUUCACCAAUUAUUCAGGGCGAAGAUGGACUGGGCGGUGCGGGUAUGAGUGGAGCAGCAUUUGAAUUUGGAGUUGAUCCUAAUGAGGAUCCUGAACUUGCUUUGGCAUUGCGCGUAUCGAUGGAGGAGCAGCGACAGCGUCAAGAGGAUGAAGCUCGUCGUGCUCAAUCGAAAGAAACAACAACAGCCAAGCCAGAAACAAUAAAAGAAGCGCCAAAUGAAGAAGCAAUGCUGAAACGUGCUCUUGCAAUGUCUAUGGAGGGGACUGAGGAAUCCUCUGUAACCGCUCCCGAGGUAACUGCCCCAAGCUCUGGGAAUGUACCAGACUUCGCACACAUGACUGAAGAAGAGCAAAUUGCAUUCGCUAUGCAAAUGUCCAUGCAAGACCAACAAGACUUUGAGCCCCCGAAAGAGGAAGCGAUGGAAGUUGAAGAUGAUUAUGUUGCUGUCAUGUCAGAUCCAACAUUCUUACAGACAGUUCUGGAGAGUUUACCCGGCGUCGAUCCUCAAUCUGAAGCCGUACGCCAAGCUGUCAAUUCCCUACAGCACAAGGAUAAAGCACAGGAGAAGGAAAAGGAAAAAGACAAAGACAAUCGUGGCGACCGUGAUAAGGACAGGGAGCGUGAGAGGGAUAGAGAUCGUGAUAGAAGACAUAAAUCACGGAGUCGUGAUCGCAGAAAACGCUCGCGAUCCAGAUCCAAGGAUCGGCGAGAAAGGAAACGUAGCAAUUCACCAAAAAAAGGUCGCAGUUCACGAAGGAGAAAACCAUCCCUCUAUUGGGAUGUACCUCCACCUGGUUUCGAACACAUUACACCUCUUCAGUAUAAAGCUAUGCAAGCAGCUGGCCAAAUUCCUGCUAAUAUUGUAGCAGAUACUCCUCAGGCGGCUGUGCCUGUCGUUGGGAGUACAAUAACGCGACAAGCACGACGGUUGUACGUGGGUAACAUUCCAUUUGGUGUGACUGAAGAAGAAAUGAUGGAAUUCUUCAAUCAGCAGAUGCAUCUGUCUGGAUUAGCACAGGCGGCUGGCAAUCCCGUACUUGCUUGUCAAAUUAAUCUUGAUAAGAAUUUUGCUUUCCUGGAGUUCCGUUCUAUUGAUGAAACAACCCAAGCAAUGGCGUUUGAUGGAAUUAAUUUCAAAGGACAGAGCUUGAAAAUACGGAGACCUCACGAUUAUCAACCUAUGCCUGGAAUGACAGACAAUCCUAGUAUGAACGUUCCAGGUACGGUUCCCGAUUCACCACACAAGAUCUUCAUUGGUGGGCUACCAAAUUACUUGAACGAAGAACAGGUGAAGGAAUUACUGAUGAGUUUUGGACAGUUGAGGGCAUUCAAUCUUGUCAAAGAUUCGGCAACGGGUCUGUCGAAGGGCUACGCCUUUUGCGAGUAUGUUGAUGUGUCCAUGACAGAUCAGGCGAUUGCUGGACUUAAUGGUAUGCAGCUUGGAGAUAAAAAGCUCAUUGUGCAACGUGCCAGUGUAGGAGCUAAAAAUCCAAUGAUUGGAGCACAAGCACCUGUCCAAAUUCAGGUGCCUGGGUUGUCCAUGGUUGGCACCAGUGGACCACCUACUGAGGUUCUUUGUCUACUUAACAUGGUGACACCUGAAGAGCUGAUGGAGGAAGAGGAAUACGAAGAUAUUCUGGAAGACAUCAAGGAAGAGUGUAAUAAAUACGGAGUCGUCAGAUCGGUAGAAAUUCCCCGGCCAAUUGAAGGUGUUGAUGUUCCAGGAUGCGGAAAAGUUUUUGUUGAAUUCAACAGCGUGAUUGACUGUCAAAAAGCUCAGCAAACUCUUACAGGUCGAAAAUUCAACAAUCGCGUGGUGGUAACGUCAUACUUUGAUCCUGAUAAAUAUCAUCGACGUGAAUUCUAAAUAACUCAAAAUGAACCUCCCACAUGAAUUGAAAAUAAACUGUUUGAAUUACAACCUAUAGUUGAAAAGUAUCGUAUAACAAACAUGACUGAUUCAUUUUUUACACGAAUCUAAAAAUAUGAUGAUGAUUAAAAUUGGCCUAUUGCUUGUGUUUCAUACUGUAAAUUCUGUAAUGUAAUUUUAUUUCACUGGAGCAUAGGAGGAAUCAUAGAGUAAUUAUCAUCAACUUCCAGAAUUGGUACAAUAUAAAAUUACAAUGAUGAAAUUAAAUAGAAUAACAUUCAAGAAAA